AUGGCUCCCAUAAGUUUUAGAAAAUCUUACACUAUAGUACCGGCCGAACCAACGUGGACAGGUCGGUUUCCAUUAGCCGAGUGGGAUCAAGUUGGUACAAUAACUCACAUUCCCACCCUUUAUUUCUAUGAUAAGCCAUCUGAAUCUUUCCAAGGCAAUGUGGUCGAAACACUCAAAACCUCGUUGAGCCGUGUCCUAGUCCAUUUCUACCCUAUGGCCGGGCGUCUCCAGUGGCUCCCUCGGGGGCGGUUCGAACUCAAUUGUAACGCCGAGGGAGUGGAAUUCAUCGAAGCUGAAUCCGAGGGAAUGCUUUCAGAUUUCGAAGACUUCUCUCCCACGCAGGAGUUCGAGAACCUUAUGCCGCAAGUAAACUACAAAAACCCUAUUGAAACGAUUCCUCUCGUUUUAGCUCAGCUUACUAAAUUCAAAUGCGGUGGAUUAAGCCUUAGUGUUAACAUUUCCCACGCGAUCGUCGAUGGCCAAAGCGCACUUCACUUUAUGUCGGAAUGGGCAAGACUUGCACGCGGUGAACCAUUAGAAACCGUUCCAUUUCUCGACCGGAAAAUCCUCUGGGCUGGUGAACCGCUCCCACCAUUUGCGUCGCCACCAAAGUUCGACCACAAGGAGUUUGAACAGCCGCCAUUUUUGAUCGGCGAGAAGGACAAUGUAGAAGAGAGAAAGAAGAAAACGAUUGUGGCAAUGCUUAAACUGAGCAAAUCUCAUCUUGAGAAGCUAAGAAAUAAAGCAAACUCAAGCAAACACGCUGACUCAACGAGAGGGUUUACAAGGUACGAAACGGUCACGGGACAUGUGUGGAGGUGUGCGUGUAAAGCACGUGGGCACUCUCGUGAGCAACCUACGGCUUUAGGAAUCUGUAUUGAUACUCGUAGAAGGAUGCAGCCACCUCUUCCACGUGGCUACUUCGGCAAUGCUACUCUUGACGUGGUCGCAGCAAGCACGUCAGGUGAACUGAUAUCAAAUGAAUUGGGAUUCGCUGCGAGUUUAAUCAGUAAAGCCAUAAAGAAUGUGACAAAUGAAUACGUGAUGAUUGGGAUAGAGUAUCUCAAGAACCAAGAAGAUCUGAAGAAGUUUCAAGACCUACAUGCCAUGGGAAGCACGGAAGGUCCUUUCUACGGAAACCCUAAUCUUGGAUUGGUAAGCUGGUUAACUUUGCCAAUGUACGGCCUUGACUUCGGAUGGGGCAAAGAGUUCUACACCGGACCAGGCACGCAUGAUUUCGACGGCGACUCGCUGAUCUUGCCCGACCAAAACGAAGACGGCUCGGUGAUACUCGCCACGUGUCUACAAGUGGCUCACAUGGAGGCCUUUAAGAAACACUUUUAUGAAGACAUCUAG